UUCCUCGUAUCCAACGGCUCAGAUUCCUACACUGCUCUUGCUUAUCAUUGCCCUCUUUCUUACUUCACUGUCUCCCCCUCCCUUCUCCAUUCUCACCUUUGUUAAAAAAAAAAAAAUGUCUGUCUCCAUAUUUUUGAUCAUCUAAGCUUCCGAUCCUCGUCUCACUCAGUACAAAAAUCCAAUCUUUGACGUUACGGAAAGAACAAUCUUUUCACUUUCAGUGCAAUUUUAAGAAUGGGUUCGUAGUUUUUGAUCGAGAAAAUCGCAUUAUCCAAAGUUUUGUAGCAAUCCCAUCUGUUUUUAGCAGUUUUAAGCUAAACCCGACCUGAAAGUCUCAAUCUUUGUUCAGUUUUCAGUGGUUUUUCUUUGAUUUGGUUGUUGAUUGUAUGAUAUGGUCACCGAUACUUAUUCAAAGAUGAUGUCUGAAAUGUCAAUGCGAUCGAUGUUAAAGAGUGGUGAUUACAGCGAAGAUUUGAGUAUGUUGAGUCGUGAACAGAGGCGGCAGCAUGAAGCAAGUGAGCGGGAGAAGGAGCUGAACAUAUACAGGAGUGGGUCGGCGCCGCCCACCGUGGAAGGCUCGUUGAACGCUGUCGGAGGCUUGUUUGAGGCGUCUGCGCUGUCGGGUUUCACGAAAAACGGCACCAAGGGGUUUGCAACUGAAGAGGAGCUUCUCGCUGAUCCAGCUUAUGUGAAUUACUACUAUUCCAAUGGUAAUCUCAAUCCACGGCUUCCGCCGCCGCUGCUUUCGAAGGAGGACUGGCGUUUUUCCCAGCGGUUGCAAGGCGGAGGUGGAGGUGGAGGUGGAGGUGGAGGUGGAGCUUCGGCAGUUGGAGAUAGGAGGAUAGGGGGUAGGAGUGGCGGUGAAGGGUCACUUUUUUCUGUGCAGCCGGGGAUUGGAGGGAAGGAGGAGAAUGGUGUGCCGGCGAGGAAGGGUGCGGCAGAGUGGGGCGGUGAUGGGUUGAUUGGGUUGCCGGGGUUGGGACUUGGGAGUAGGCAGAAGAGUAUUGCAGAGAUUAUUCAGGAUGAUAUACAUAAUACAAAUGGCUCAAGGCACCCUUCUCGUCCAGCUAGCCGGAAUGCUUUUGAUGAUGGUGUUGAAGCUUCAGAUACCCAGUUUGCUCAUUUACAGGGAAUGUCAGCUGUUCAGAACGGCGGUUCAUCUAGUUCUCAUACAUAUGCUUCUGCUCUGGGUGCUUCAUUGUCGAGAAGCAACACACCAGACCCUCAGCUUGUAGCUAGGGCUCCUAGUCCUCGAAUUCCACCAGUUGGAAGGGUUUCCUCCAUGGAUAAAAAAAUUGGCAAUGGUCAAAACUCAUUCAAUGGUGCCUCGCUUGAUGUGAAUGAGUCUGCAGAUCUGGCAGCUGCAUUAUCUGGUAUGAACCUGUCAACAAAUGGUAGGAUUGAUGAGAAGAAUCGUGCACGCUCACAAAUGCAACAUGAAAUUGAUAAUCACCAUAACCUUUAUGACAUGCAAGGUGAUUGGAACCAUAUUAAACAAAAUUCGUACUUGAAUAAGUCUGAUUCUGGGAAUUUUCAUCUGCAUUCUGCUUCCCAAUCUUCUAACAAUUCUUAUCAGAAUAUGGGAAGAGGCAGUGGAUUUGGUAGGGAUCUGAACAGCCCUUCUUAUAUGUCUGACGAUCUAGUUGAUAUUAAUAAUCCUGCUGUAUCUUCUGGUAACUCAUACUUAAGAGGACCUGUGCCAGCUCUUAAUGGCCGAGGAAGCUCACACUCCCACUAUCAGAAUGUAGACAAUACCUCAUUUCCUAACUAUGGCUAUUCUGGUGGUCCUUCAUCUCCAUCAAUGAUGGGUAGUCCACUUGGUAAUGGUAGUUUACCACCCUUAUUUGAAAAUGCUGCUGCUGCAUCUGCAAUGGGUGGCUUGGACUCUGGAGCUUUUGGAGGGAUGUCUUUAGGACCAAAUCUGUUGGCUGCGGCUACUGAAUUGCAGAAUAUUAGGCUUGGAAAUCACGGUGGUGGGAGUGCUCUUCAGGUUCCCAUGAUGGACCCAUUGUAUGUUCAGUACUUGAGAUCAAAUGAAUAUGCAGCUGCACAGCUUGCAGCCCUUAAUGAUCCCACAAAAGAUAGGGAAGGCAUGGGUAAUACGUACAUGGAUUUACUUGGUUUGCAAAAAGCUUAUUUGGGGCAAUUGCUUUCGCCCCAAAAAUCACAAUUUGGUGCUCCCUACAUUGGCAGGUCUGGUAGCUUGAAUCAUGGUUAUUAUGGAAAUCCAUCAUAUGUGCAUGGGAUGUCUUAUUCUGGAACACCAUUGGGUGGUCCCCUUCUUCCAAACUCUCCUGUUGGACCUGGUAGUCCUGCCAGGCAUGGUGAGCGGAACUUGCGUUUUUCUUCUGGGUUGAGGAACAUGGGUGGAGGUCUGAUGGGAGCUUGGCACUCCGAAAAUGGUGGAAAUUUGGAUGAAAGUUUUGCCUCCUCUUUACUAGAUGAGUUCAAAAGCAACAAGACUAAAUGUUUUGAACUUUCAGAGAUUGCAGGGCAUGUUGUUGAGUUCAGUGCCGACCAGUAUGGAAGUCGGUUUAUUCAACAGAAACUUGAAACUGCCACAAUUGAAGAGAAGAACAUGGUUUUUGAUGAAAUUAUGCCCCAAGCACUAUCUCUUAUGACCGAUGUGUUUGGUAAUUAUGUGAUUCAGAAGUUUUUUGAGCAUGGAACUCCAGCACAAAUAAGAGAACUUGCAGACCAGCUCACUGGGCAUGUGCUGACCCUUAGCCUUCAAAUGUAUGGAUGUCGAGUGAUUCAGAAGGCUAUAGAAGUUGUUGAGCUGGACCAGCAGACUAAAAUGGUAGCUGAACUGGAUGGUCAUGUUAUGCGUUGUGUUCGUGAUCAAAAUGGCAACCAUGUUGUCCAGAAGUGUAUUGAAUGUGUACCUGAAGAUGCCAUCCAGUUUGUUGUUUCAACUUUUUAUGACCAAGUCGUGACACUGUCUACUCAUCCGUAUGGUUGUCGUGUCAUACAGAGAGUUUUGGAGCACUGCCAUGAACCCAAAACGCAGCAAAUAAUGAUGGAUGAGAUUUUGCAGUCUGUUUGCAUUUUGGCACAAGACCAAUAUGGAAAUUAUGUUGUCCAGCAUGUGCUGGAACAUGGAAAGCCACAUGAACGGUCAUGUAUAAUUAAGGAACUAACUGGGCAAAUCGUUCAAAUGAGCCAGCAGAAGUUUGCGUCAAAUGUCAUAGAAAAGUGUUUAAGUUUUGGAACUCUUGCUGAACGCCAGGCCCUUGUAACUGAGAUGCUUGGUACCACUGACGAAAAUGAGCCCCUUCAGGCGAUGAUGAAGGAUCAGUUCGCAAACUAUGUUGUACAGAAAGUGUUGGAAACUUGUGACGAUCAGCAACUUGAACUAAUCCUUAACCGAAUUAAGGUUCACCUGAAUGCCCUGAAGAAGUAUACUUAUGGGAAGCAUAUAGUUGCCCGUGUAGAGAAACUUGUUGCUGCUGGGGAGAGGAGGAUUAGCAUUCUGGCUCCCCAGGCUUCUGCUGCUUAGAUGGGGUACGGGGACGAAGUUGUACAGCUAACUGAGGAUAAUAUGAGCCCCUCUAUUUCUUUCAUGUCAAGUAAAGGCUACGUCUAUGUAUUGAGAUGGAUAAGGCGCGAUGAAAAUAAAGAUCAUUGGUUGUACUUAAAACUGUACAUUUUUAGUUUGAGGAUAUACCUUAGAGUAGUCACGGCGCAGACGGUGAACGCACCUGAGGCCCCUGCAGAGGAGAUAAAUUAGUGUACAAGUUUGAAGGGUGUAAAAAGCGAGGCGGUAGUAGAAUUUGUGGUCGUGACUGUACAAAUGUUUUACCAGGUGGAGUCCUCCAUAAAUUUUCUUAACGUAUGGAUUAUUUUCUAAUUAAGGAACCUUUUUUUCGGACAA